AUAGUUUCCAAAAGAAGACGAAGAAGAAACCCGGAUGUUAUGUGAAGGUCUUUGACGAUGGUUGGAGUUUAGAUAACAUUUUGCUGCUGUGGGCGUGCUAUCGAUGUGAAAAUGGGUGUUAAAAUAGAGGUGUUUCGAAUGAUGCUGUAUCUAUCCUUUCCUGUGACCAUGUUCUGGGUCUCAAAUCAAGCAGAGUAUUUUGAAGAGUACAUAGUAAAGAGGAAGAGAGAGAUCUUCCCAGCCGACGAGAAAGAGCAUAGGAAAGAGUUGGAGGACUUCAAAGAGCGAAUGCGAGUUCGUAAGGAGAAGCGAAUAAUGAAACGGAUGUCUAUGGAGACUGAGAAUUGACCAAAAUAAGAUGAAGAAAUGUAUAAAUUCCCACUACCACCAGGGGAGGAUCAUCUGGCAAUAUUUUUUGGGGAAAAGUAAAAAAAACGUGUCUGACUGGAGUAAGAGCCUUUGGAAACCUCUGAUAAAUUAACACACCCCAAAGGUGUGCUGGGUGUUUUCCAGGAAUUGCUUUUCCCCAAUAUGUCUUUUUCAUUUACAUUUUGUCAAUCAAGUUGAUCUGAUUUCACUGUAAUACAAUAAUUAUUUUUGAGAUAUAUCGAGUUCAAUCCAAUGUAAUUAUAAGAAUGUAUUCUAUGAGGUGCAAAGCCUAAUAGGUCUAUUCAACCUCGUUGCUUUUGACCAGUUUUAGUGUCAUACAACAUUGUACCACAGCGGAUGAAAUAAGACAUUUUUGACAUGGAUACAACAGAAAUAGACCUUAAUAUCAAAGUGUAAAACAAAUAUCCAUAAGAUGAUUUGAAUGCACAAACACAAAUCACAAAGUAACUAACAGCAAAAGUAUUCACCCUCUUCAUGAUAAUAUCUUAAAAUGGCCCAUUUUUCAGCAACAACUGCCUUUUGCCUGUGUAAUGAAGUAUGGGUACCUUUUGCUUGAUGUUCUUGGUUGUCUUAUUUUAAAAUUAAAUGAACCUUAAAUUACAGUUGAUUUAUAGUUUGCAACAGGAUUCUUAUCUGAUAGAUUAUCAUUUUCUGCAUUCAUUGGAGAUGGAAAAACAAUUGACUGCAUUAGUAAUCAUUUAGUUUCAGUUGUGUGACAUUAUAUAUAUUUUUUAAAACCUGUUUUAUCCAGGUUGUAAAAGUGUAUUUACAACCUGUGUUUGUUUAUUUGGGGAGUGGGAAAGACAUAGGCACUGAUUAUGUGUGUACUGCUUGUUAAAAUGUAAUUUUAAUGCUGGUUUUCAUUAAAAAAAAAUUGUAUUUCAA